AUGGAAUCCGGAAGAUUUAUAACGAUCGGCUGCCUGCUGAUGAUCCUGGGCACUGCGUUAUCCCAACCUUUAUCCUGGUGCGAUCCGGAAUUGUGUCCCGAUAAUACAGUGCAUAUAGCUUGUAAUAAUGAUGGACAAUUCCACGAGAGUUGCUCUCCGGAUGCCACAAUGGUGGACAUGAAACCAUAUCGCAAUUUCAUCGUGGAUGAGCACAACAAGCGGAGGAACUAUAUAGCUUCUGGAUCCCUGCCUGGUUAUUAUCCCGCCACCCGAAUGGCCACCAUGGUGUGGGACGAGGAACUGGAGUACCUGGCCACCUUGAAUCUGAAGACCUGCUACUUGGAGCACGAUGACUGCCACAAUAGCUUCCGCUUCCGGAAUUUGGGUCAGAAUCUCUGUGGUGUUGAUCGUCCGCGGAAUUGGCAGAUGAACGUGACCAACUUGGUGGAGCAGUCGAUGGGCUUGUGGUUCGGGGAACACAAGCUGAUUGACAGCAGUUACAUAACCGACUUUAAGCUCACCAGGAAUCUUGAAAAGUACGGACACUUUGUGGAAACUGUGGUGGACAGGAACACCCAUGUGGGCUGUGCCAUGAUGCGAUUCACCAAUCCCCAGUAUCCCUUCCUCUAUAUCUACAAUACUGCCUGCAAUUACGCCAGUGUCUAUGCCAUCGGAGUUCCUGUUUACAAUGCCGGAAAGCCCGCCUCCGAAUGUAAAACGGGCAGCAAUCCGGAGUAUCCCGCCCUCUGUUCUAUUAAGGAGCAAUACAACCCCAACUAUAAUUUGUACUAG